AUGCUACUUAGGAACAUUUUUUACAACAUAUCACGUCGGUGUAAAGAGAAUAACAUUUCAUACCUCACCAAAAAGGGGAAGUUUUUGUCCACAAGAAAAAGGGGGGUUGUGCUAGAGGAACGCAGAGGCAUCAUGGGGGAGAACCCUCCCCCCGUUGCUAAUCCUCAACCGGAAUACAAAAGCUACAAGGGUCAUGAUUUAAGUAUAGUAUAUGAAAAUGAGUUCUUCUUGGUGGUGAAUAAGCCUUAUGACAUAAAGUUGGAGAAGGGGAAGCUCGACGAUAUAUACCCCUCCGUGGAAACGCUUCUUCGUGAGAAGACUAACUUGGAUGUGUUCAGAAUUUGCGGGCAGCUGGACUACGCCACCAGCGGCCUUCUAAUCAUCGCCAAAGACAAGCUGAGCUGCAACAUCCUGAAUUAUAACAUAGAAAGUAAGCGCAUAAGCAAAAUAUACCUUGCCAUACUAUAUGGACACCUACCCCUAGGAGUUCUCCAUGUAAACACACCAAUAAGUAAAAUCAAAAAUAAUUUUAAAAUGAAAUUAUGUUACAACUACAAUGAUUACUAUGAUAAUGGGAAAUAUUGUUACAGUUUAAUUUAUCCUUAUAAGCAGUGCUACUUAAAAAAUCAGAAGGUAACUUUGUGUGAGCUUAGGACAAUUACGGGGAGGAGGCACCAGCUAAGGUUGCAUGCCCUUUGUUUAGGUAGCGGCAUUGUGGGAGAUGAAACGUACUUUGAGGACAUGCUAAGUAAUAAAUAUAAAAUUGGUUCGACUCCAAACUCGUGUGAAGAACAAACAGGUGUGCUUGGUGAGGGUGACCAGCAGGACCGGUUCCUUCAAACCACAACGAGAGAAAUCUCCAAAAUUGAUGCCGAGCGGAUGAUGCUACACUGCUGGAUUAUCUUAAAAAAUAAGGAAGGCCAAAAGAAGAAGCUUAACAAAACAGAAGAUAUAAACAUGUUGGAAAAGAAAAUAUUCGAUCAGGAUUACAUCAUCUGCCCAGAUGAAAUAAGUAAAUUUGUUAAUGAAGAAGAAAGGACGUAUGACCAGUGCGUCCUAAAGAACGACGAUAUUAUAAAUGAUAAUUUUGUUAAUUACAAUGUUAAGAAUAUAAAUAAAAAUAUUAAAAAUAUUGAUAGAAGGAUAAGGAGAGGGAAACCUGACCCGUUGCUGGGGAGUCCUGACGCAGUGGAAAGUUUAAACGGAUUGGACAGCUCACAUUUGUUGAACAGGGAAGAGGUAGAUAAAAAUGGAAAGGGAGAAAAUAAUUCACAGGGGAAGGGCGCUAGUGAGAAGGGACAGCGGCAUCAGUUACAUAGUGUUAUACCUACAGAGGAGCACACCGAGCUGCCUUUACAUUCCAACAAAGUCCAAACCGUUGAUGUAACGGGCACCUUUAUAAAUGCCCAAAAGGUAGAUAAAAAUGCCAUUUAUUUGGUGAAAAAUGACACGUAUGAAAAUCCGAACCUGUUGUUCGACGAUAUUCACGACAGUGUUAAUAAAUAUAAUUGGGGCUAA